AUGUAUGCCGUUAGGAAAUUUGAUUUAUCGCUACUGGAGGAGGGCGAGGAAUAUGUCACUGACAUCACCGUGGUUACGGCUUCACUAUUCCCCCUAGAAUGUGGAACGGAUGAAAUUUCUAUUGCAAAGAUUAGCAAAUUAUUGGAGAAUGGGAAAGACUCUGAAGGCUGGGUUAGGAAGGGUCGUUUGCGCCUAGGCACGAAGUCACUAAUCUUUGAGCCAAAUGCCAUAACACACCCUUUACUCAAAUUCAAAUUCAGUUUAAUAUCUGUGCUCAAUGAAUGUGAGAAAUCUGACAUUUACAAGCAGUUUUCAUCCACUAAUUGCAUAUGCUUAUCUUUGUCUCAUGUUACUAGCAUACCCAUGGGUAUUUGCAAUGGCAAGACACGCUGUAUAUCACCAUAUAAGCUACACAAAAUUAAGAAUCCACUCAACAACUUCACAUUUUUCAUUUUCUUUACAAACCAGCAAGCACGAAGCAACCUUUUGGUGAACCUAAAAAACGCACAAAACGGUUCAUUCGUCAACAAAUUGUUGAACAAGACUAGGUUCAAUAAGAUGUCAAUUGAAAAUUUGGAAAAUGUGGAAUUGGGUUUAGUCGACACAAUUUGGGCUUGGAGGGUAAAAAAUAUGGUGAGACAAAGAGGAAUGGUUGCAAUUGGAGAUAAAUGCAUAUAUUUUGAGCCCUGCCCCAAUUUCUCAAAUGUUUCAUGCAAGAAGAUUUAUUUACGCGAUAUUAUUUACGUUUUCAAGCGCCAGUGCUCAUUAGAACCAAGUGGUCUGGAGAUUAUUUCUCUAGAUGAAGAGGGUAAAAAGGAUUAUCGUUGUUUAUUUCUCGAGUUUACAUUACCUCACCAAAGAGACGCCAUUGUACAUCAUAUGAAAGCUAUUAUACCACAAGUUUUUCGGGCACAAGAAUCAAAUGAAUUUUUAAAAGUGAUGCAAGGCUAUUGGAUAAAUGGCAGAAUCUCAAAUUUCCACUAUUUGGACUUUCUCAACUGCAUAGGUGGUAGAUCUAGACAUGAUCUAUCUCAGUAUCCCGUAUUUCCUUGGAUCCUAUCCGAUUACACUUCAGCACAGCUGGAUUUGUCUGAUGCUUCAAGCUUUAGGGAUCUCUCCAAGCCCAUAGGAGCUCUGAAUGAUCAAAGGUUAAAGGCACUAAUAGUUCGGAUGCAGGAGUUUAAGAUUGAUAAUUUGGGCAAUAUGAGUGUCGCAUGUCACGAUAAAGUCGAUUAUGAUUGCGAAGGAUGCCUGAAAAGGCUUUGGGAAUGCGGAUACUAUUUGUAUGGAUCUCACUAUUCAAGUUUGGCCCUUGUGGUCCAUUUGCUAAUCAGAUUGAUGCCCGAGUCUCAACUAAGGUUAUACGAGGGUAAUUUUGACUCGUGGAACCGUUGCUUUCAUUCAAUAGGGGAUACAUACUCUAGCAUAAUAAACGACCACAACUGCUUCUACGAACUAAUCCCAGAUAUGUUCCAGGGAAAUGAAGAUUUCCUACUUAACAAUCUAAACAUUGAGACUAGUCAAGGUAGGCUUGAUAAUGUAAUACUACCACCUUGGGCAAAUGGAAAUGCAAAAACAUUUUUGAAUUUACACCGUAAAGCGCUGGAGUGCGAUUUUGUUUCCUUCAACUUGGCCAAAUGGAUUGAUUUGAUUUUUGGAUUUAAGCAGUCAGGUUACAGGGCUGUGAAGAGCCACAACGUCUUUCACCCUUUCACCUACCUAAACAACAUACGCGACAGGUACGGCGGGGGUUCGUUUGAGGGUAAUAUCAAGACGAUAAACUACACCAAAGCACUAAAAGCUUUGAUAGAGAUUAUGGAUCCUCAUGCAGUUAAAGUUCAAGCCAAAGAAUUUGGUCAGGCCCCUCUACAGCUUUUUACUGAACCACAUCCUGAAAGACAACGUUUUCCCCAGUUCAAUCCAAAUGAGGUUCUUCAAUACAAGCCAUGGUUCCUAUACAUCAAUUCUAAUCUUGAUAAAUUUCCAGAAUUGGUCUCCUUUAUAUCAUCAUCAGCUGAGCAUGUAGAGAAAAUUGAACCACAUGUUUCAAUAGCCGACCCAACAAAAUUAAUAAAAUGCAGAAACUACAAUGAUUUCAAGUGCAUGAAUAUAAACAUUAAUACACCGCAAGUCACUUCACUUACGCACAAAAAUGACGACUACAUUUUCACCCACACAGAUGGGUCAAUAACACACGUCAAUUACAUCACUAACAGUCCCAAGAAUUGUUUCAUAACAAGCCAUUCCAUUGCUUGUGCGUGCAAUGUUUCUGAUAGAAGUGGAGUUGUAGCGUUGGGUACAUCUGGAGGAACAAUUAUAUUCAUCUCUAUACCAAGGUUAUUGCAAGUGGAGGGAGAUGGGGAUGAUUUACCCACUCCACAUCAAAAUUUUGACUCUGGACUACAUUCAAUAAGCAUUUCUACCUCACACGAUUCAAUCACUUCACUAAUUCAUUUGAGCGAUCAUUUGGCAAUUGGUUGUUUGGAUGAAUCCAUCUACCUACUAUCCCUUAAAGGUUUAAAAGUAUCGUCUAAUUUUGAUGGGCUAGAUGGACCGGCUGAAUCUAUCGCAUCUUAUGACAAUCUGCUGGUGGCAGCGUGUGGUAAUAAAUUUAAUGCUAAGCAAAAUGGCUUUCAGUCAAUAUGCCUUUGGGACACCCGAGGUAGGCCCAGCUACUUGUGGAAAUAUUCCAACUCAGUAGUAACAGAAAAAUACCAUGGAAAAUUGAAUGUGGGCAUAUCGCCUAAUUACUUUGCUGCCCUAGAUGGUUCAGGCAGUUUCACAUACUGGGACCUUAGGAUGUUAAGUACCACUAAUUACUUUAAAAGUGACAUUUGCAAUCAUUAUGUCGGCAACUACUUUACUUCACCUAUCGCACACUUUAAUGGAGUAUCUUGUCCUGAGAACUCGGAUUGCAUAUUAUUUGUCACAGCUGAUAGCCUUACAACUACCAAUCUGUCUCGCUUCAACUUUUCAGGCGCAAAUUGUGAGAUUUUGGUAUCUAUUCCACCUGUGAAUGUAUCUGAGGCUAUUUCGCACCAAUCACAGGCGAUAAGUUUGGCGGAUUCACUAGUGUCUGUGGAUUUGGAUAAUGGAAUUUUGUACUCUUUCUACUAG